UCUUGCAAUUGACGAUUUGCCUAAAGCACCCAUCUCAUAUACUGUGGACCUUUGAUCAGUGUAGAUCAGCGUGAACAUUCUUGACUGGUUCCUAGGCGCGAAAUCAACGCAUAACAAUCGCUCACAAUCUGAUCUGGUCCCACUCGACAUAAUGGAGACUAUGUUUGAUUCCCUUGAGCCUGAUGCCGGAGAAAUCAUCAGCGUCGAUCGCUGCAAAGCUGAGUUUGUCCAGCUCGAGAAUUCACUCGCCGCGUUGGAUAAGCUGUUUCAACUCAACACUUCGACUAUCAACGAUAUCAGCUUUCCAUUGGAUUCUGCUUUCGAUGAGCUUCUCAAGCUAGCCGAGUCGAUUCGCGGGGAUUAUGACCUCAGACUAUAUGGGAACACCGCUGUACGGGAAACAGACCAAAGCCCACUUUUGUCAUUGCUUGAUGCCUUCGUCGCUCUCGAGCAAGAGACCAAGGAGAUAUCUACUAAAGCCACCGAGAUGCUCGAUGAGAGCGGACAGCUGUGCGACAAGCAAUUGCGUCCACUAAUGUUGAAUAAUCGUACUACAUGCGAGCGUCUCGAAAAAGAUCUCUCUACUAGUCAGCAAAGUCUCCACAAGGCCACAGAACCUGUUGCCAACUUGGCAAGAGCGCUGGAUAAAGCACGGCGCGACCGAGAAGACGUGGCAUCCAGACUGCAAUCAAUUCGUGAUGCCAAACCCGGAGCAGACUUCAGGUCGGCUUUCAUGGGCCCCAUGGGUGCAGUGGUCCAGGCAACAGUCAAAGCCGCACAGUCUCGAGAGGCGAUCAUUGAUCUUCAGAACCAGGCUUCUCGUCUAGAUCAAGAGAUCAGUGAUCUUGACAGCUCAUUGGCACAGACCCAAUCCAGUGUGUCGCAACUAGAGGGCCAGAUCAGCCAGGUGCAGCACGACUACAUUCAGCAAACCAGCAUCACAGAAGCACUUACCAAGAUCAACGAAACGGUCAUGGAUCGACGCCGGACUGCCUUCUUAUUGGUCAGUAAAACUCAAGCGAUGAAGGACGGAGCUGUCGCCCUGAUGACCCGGACACGAGAGCUUCAGGACGUAGCCAAGGCUGCGAAAGGAAAGGUCACCAAAGAUGAGUACGCUCGCGCAGUCAUGGAUCUGUGCGACAAAAGCGUUGAGGCAAGAUUGCGAAGCGAAACGUUGUGGACCGUCAUGGCCGAGCUGACAUUAGGAUAUGGAAGCUCGCCGCCAAGCUGGUUGAGUAAAAAGGUUGAGGAGGUUAAAACCAUGUCGAAGUUCCUGGCGGGACUAGAAAACAGCCGUCCGAGAAUGGAACUUUGACGACCACUAAGGCGUUCCAUGGUGUCUAUGACGCUGGAACGAAGAUGUAGACAGCGACGAUAUAACUCUUGCGAUGUAAAUGAGACAGCUGACAUAUAUGAAGAAUUGGCAGGUUUGUUUUUGGAAGACGAUCACUG